UGUGAGUGAACAUCUGACGAUCGAGUUGUGUGCGCGCAACAGGGGACCGAGUUGGAGUACUGAACUGUACGUAGGCAAUUGAAAAUCGAAUCGGGAACGCGCAACAGAGGACCAAACUGUUUUGAAAACAACACCGUUUGGGCGCGCCCAACAGUACAUUUGAAUUUGGUGCGCGUAACUGAUAAUGAAGACUGGUGCGCACAAAGUGUGAGCUGGGGACGCGUAUUUACAAAUCGAACCGGGUGCGCGCAGAAGGAGAGGGACGCAGCAUCUCGAAAGGUGGGCGGGACUAAUGAUUGAGCCGGGUGCGUUUGAUUGAAAAUCGAGCGCACCGCAAGACCGAACCAGGUGAGCGGAUCGGCGUUGGAAGCGCGCAACCGAUGACCGUGCUGGGUGCGCAUGAUUGAAACAACCCGGGUGCGCCGAACAUAGUUCCUGGGUGCAGAGCUGGUCCCCCGCUGACUCCAGCAGAGCCACCCCCAAAGCGGUGAGAGCUCUGACACGCUCGUGGCCCUGCCUUCGCCACCAACCCGCACCAUGGCAUCGGCCCUCGCGGCGCUCAACGCUACGGAGACGGCGUUCCUCGCCACCAUCCUCUUCCUGGCGACGGCCCCUCCCCCGCCCGCGGGCCCACCCUCCCCGGCGUCGGACCCGCAACCCGCCUUCCUACCGCCGCCGGACAACUACACCGGCGCGCCUAACGACUCUCUGACCGGCGGCACCGCCGUCCCCACCGUCGUCACCGGCGGCGGCGACGACGACGGCGACGACCCGCUGCUCAUGCCCGCCUACGACGACUUCAACGACACGCUCAACUGCACCAACGACUACUGCGUGCCCACGGCGGAGUACUACGACAUCGUGCUGCAGCACGUGUACCCGCUGCACUACGAGUGGGGGCUGAUCGCCAUGCACUCGCUCGUGUUCAUCGUGGGGCUGAUUGGGAACGCGCUGGUGUGCGUGGCGGUGUACCGCAACCACUCGAUGCGCACCGUCACCAACUACUUCAUCGUCAACCUGGCGCUGGCGGACUUCAUGGUGAUCCUCUUCUGCCUGCCGCCCACCGUGCUGUGGGACGUGACGGAGACGUGGUUCAUGGGCACCGUCGGCUGCAAGAUCGUCCUUUACAUGCAGAAAGGUUGA